AACUAUUCAGCGGAGGCUACAAAGACAUUGUUUUAACUGAUUAUGGGCCCGUUUGGAGACUACAAAGACAGAUGGCUUUAAAGGCAUUCAGGACCUACGUAUCGAGCGAUAAACUGGAAACAUUCACAAAGUCUGCCUUUGAUGACAUGGCUGCUUUGAUUGAAAAGGAGACCAAGCCUUUUGAUAUUGAUGCCCACAUUCGGUUACUAGUCUUCAACCUUGUCUGCAGGAUGGCUUUCGGACAGUGCUAUAAAAUGGACCAACCGGAAUUCAUUUGGCUGAAGUUCAUAGUGGACGAAACCAUGCACGAGGUGUUUGGAGGCCUCAUUCCCUCUGACGUCAUACCGACCUUAAAGCAUCUACCUAUCCCAUCAUCCCUUUUGGCAAAGCGACUCAAGAAGAAUCUGAUACGCUUCCAUGAAGUCCAACUGGCAGAACACAAAAAAACUUUUAACUCGGAUGAUGUAAGGGACGUUAUGGACCACCUUUUGCUGCUGAAAAAGGAACUAACAAAUGAGAGUGAUGACAACGUCAAGGAGUCGCUUUCUGACACUCGCAUACUUUACAUCAUGCUGGACAUAUUCUUUGCUGGAACAUCCACUACAUCCGACACCCUGAAAUGGAUGAUUCUGUACGUUGCCGCUCAUCCAAAGGUCCAGGAACAGCUCCACAAAGAAUUAGAUGAUUUAG